AUGCACCUUUCCUCUUCUCUUGUGGAGGUCCUGAGGCUAGUAUCUUAUUUAAUUUCCACCUAUAAAAAUCAAAUGUCAUCAUCAUCUGAAGAAGAAGCUGUUUCAAUGGAAGAAGUAGCAAAUGAACUUGAGCAGAAUAAAAACAAUUUUGAAAGCAUUAGUACUCCUUUACAUUACACAAACUUAAAAAAAAAUGUGUUCUUUGUUUCUAUUUUUAUCACAUUUUACUUCAUCACUGUUUUUGCCAUUAUAAUUGUAAUGAAUCAACUAAACUGCCCCAACAUUAAACAGGAGCUAAUUCAUAAUUGUACAAAGUUGAGUAAUAAGAAACUAGAAUAA